CAGAACAGAAGAGAGGAGAAGAGGAGCGAUCGAGCGAGCGAGACAGACAGACAGAGAGGAGAGGAGAGAGGCAGAUCUGCACAGGAACGAGCGCGACUGGCAGCACUGGACACUGACCAAAACAAUACACAAAUACGAGUAGGAGCCAAAGCGUGAGGGGACAGUACAAACCGCGAAAGAGACGCGAGCACCGUGUGGUAACACAAAUCACAAUACAGAACUGCAAACGAGACAGGAAAACCCCGCUGAGGAAUAAGAGAGAUAAUAAGAGCGACGUGAAGAUCGUAACUUUGGACAGGCUCCUGAACUUCAGUGAGGAAAAAAAGAAGACGCUUUGGUUGCCAUUUACCUGAGUUUCAUAACCGUUUCUAACAGCUGAAAAGAGCAGUACAAGUUUUACAUAACCGUUGUUCUCGACCGUACACGGCUGCUUUUAUAAAGCAGAUCUUUUUAAUUAAUACGACUAAACUGUAACAACUGUUUUACACCAUUUGUUAAAUUAUUUAAUGCUUGUGCUGUACUCCCAAGAGGCAGCACCGAGUAAUAUAUUUUUAAUGCAUUGGAAGGUUGCUUUAUAAAAUCUGAACUUAAGCUCUUGGUGUGGGGGAGGAAAUGAGUGAGUGAGCUAAUUAGUCUUAAAGUCCAGCUUUUGAUUGCAAUUAACCCCCCGUUUAAUAUAACAAUGCUAACAGUUUGAUAGAAACAAAAAGUGACGACGGCAUUUAUUUUUUUCAAAAUGUAUUAGCGAAGGAAGCAAAACAUGUUGGACAUGUUCUAGCAAAUCUGCAUUUUAUUCUCUCGUACCAAGUUUAGAAUGCAAGGCAUAUAAUUAAAAGUGUAAAAACUCGGCCGGUGCUGCUGCCAAGUAGUGUAAUGUGAGUUGACAAUCAGCAUUGUGGAAUUUCUUUUCCCCCUUUUUUGCUUCAAAAGUAGUUUUAAUGAGGUGAACAGAGGUUUCCAUAAAGCAGUGCUCUGGUUUCUGUCUGUAUUAUUAUUAUUUUUUUUCUGUACGUGUGAGUUGAAAGAGUAUAAAAUGAGUAGGUGAGGGAGCAGCAGGGAGAAAGAGCUGGCACCAAGUGCUGCUUCUGGUGCUUCGGGAUAACCAGCGACCAUCCUGGGAGCUGUACCUGCAUCGCACACCUGCUACGUCACCCACAGACGCUCAGCAACACCUAUCAGCCAUCCGGAAGACAGAGUGAGAGGGUGCUGGACUACAGAGCCCGAACUCUGGAUCCUGGCCAUGAGGUUUGAUGCCUCACUCCACUGACUGGAGACACUGGACCUAAAUGGCGCAGCAUGACUUUGUUCCUGCCUGGCUUAACUUCUCUACACCUCAGCCUGCCAAGUCCCCCGCACCCAUGCUUGAGAAACAUGGAGAGCACUUUUCCAGAGGAGAGGGCCGGUUUGGAGUAAGCCGCAGGCGACACAACUCUUCCGACGGAUUCUUUAACAACGGCCCUCUUCACACCUCUGGGGAUGGCUGGCAACAACCUUCCCUUCUGCGACAUGAUUCAGUGGACUCCGGUGUGUCGAAAGGCCCCCACGCUGGGCUCAUCAGUAACCAGGGCUGGAAGGAGAACUCCAGCUGGCACAGCGCGCCGCGGGGCACCGAGGCAGUGAACCACCAUCACCACCGCCACCGCGCCCCGCACCGGCACUGGAACGGCAGCGUGCACCCCCGCAAGGGACCCGCCUUCCAGGAGAAGCAGGCUGCCCAGGCCAGGGAGGAGAAGGGCCCCAAGGGGGGGAAGCUGAAGUUCGUGGAAGAGGAUUUUCCAUCCCUAAAUCCAGAAGCAGGAAAGCAAACCAACCAGAUCAGACCUCUGGGGACCCCAGCCGGAGUGUGGGAGAACCCUCCGAGUGCCAAGCAGAGCGUUUCCAAGAUGCUGGUCAUCAAGAAGGUUUCGAAAGACGACCCCUCUGCUGCUUUCUGUGCAGGGUUUGCAAUCACAGGACCCCUCCCUGCAAACGGAAACAAAUCCCACAUCACUGGACCCAGCGUUUACAAAAACCUGGUGCCCAAACCAGCAGCUCCCCCGACCAAGACCGGUCCAUGGAAACCCAAUGGAAGGGAAGUUAAAUCCAGUUUACAUUUCUCAGGCCGGGACUCCGCCUUCACCAGCCCCGUAUCCGUGACCAAACCUCUGGCUCAAAUGAGCAACUCGAGUCACACAUCCCUGAAGGAGACUCCCUCCAGCACCACCCCUCCGAUGGACAUCACCCCCCCUCGCCUGGUGAAGCUGAUGCGUCGCAGUACUGACAGGAAGAGUGAGUUUCUGAAGGCUCUGAAGGACGAGAGGAAUGGGGGUGUCUCUGCCUGCCAGAGCCCCUCCGCCCAGGAGGAAGGUGAAAGUAGUACACCUGAACCAAAAGAAUAUGGUGAAGGAAAUUGCCAUCAGAACGGUCUUUCUCUCUCGCUCAGCGACUCAGACACUGACCACCUGUCUAGCUCUUUGGAAGCAGAGCAUAGGUUGUUGAAAGCCAUGGGGUGGCAGGAGCACCCAGAAAACGAUGAGAACUGUCUGCCGCUGACUGAGGAUGAGCUGAAAGAAUUUCAGGCUAAAACUGCGCAGCUGAAGAAAAAUGGCUUUGGAAAGAAUGGACUCCUAUUGAAGAACAGCAGUGCUUUUCAGCUUGGCCACUGGAGAAGCCCAUUGGAACUGGAAGAGGGCUCAGAGACAGAAACCAGCAGCAGCGAGACCUCGGCCGACGAAACCUAAUGUGGCUUUAACCUUUGUUUAGUCUUUUUUUUUUCAUGCACAAGGGAAAGUAAUCGUAUCCCAGUGAUAUUAUUAUUAUUAUUUUUUUUUUUUUUUUUUAAUAUAUAGAAAUUUUGGCUUGUGAAGCUUUUUUUUUCCUUUAAUUGUAUUUUCGCCCCAGUUUUAGGCUUCACUGAAACUCCUUUGAAUAUUUAGGAAAAGGGCAAUGCACACUGGAAUUUUUUUUUUUUUUUUUUUUUUUUUUUUUUGCAAAACCAAAACUAAUAAGAAUGGAAAUACUGAAACUUUGCAAAACCGUCUUUGAAUCAAUUUUUACAAGUAACUUGUCGAGUUAGCAGUGUGCUGAAACAAUCAACGUGGAUAAUGAAUGUUGAUGUUAUUGUGUUUUAAAUACUGCUAAUAACCAGAUUCAACAUUGCUUUUUGAUUAUUUUUUUUUAAUUGUUUUUGCUGGAAAGGUUAAAAGGCUUUGUUACUAAAUGAGAGCUUUUUUUUUUUUUUUUGGGGUACCGCUGUAAAUUUCUCAAAUAGGCUCCUCCCUUUCUGUUUUUUUUUUUUUUUUUUGCACGUUCUUGUUCCUGCAGCCUUGAUAUUCAGGGUGGAUUGUAAAAUACGAAAAAAUAAAAUUUUGUGAGUUUUCCAAGAUUAAGAUUAUUUUGAUAACAUUAUUUACAGAUUUGAAAAGAUAAAAAGGCUUGUCACGUAUGGAGUUAUCUGUACGAGGAGUGGAACAAAAGAAAACUACUGCAUCGAGGAAACAAAACAAAAAAAAAAAAACUUGGAAUAAAUAUUUUGCAUCAGUUUGCCAAUAAUCUGCA